AUGAAAUCACAAUCAAGGUUUUCAAAAUUUUUGAAACAUUUAGAAAUCCCAGUCCAUGAAAGAGAAACGGUAAAUUUCCUAAGAAACCCAGAUUUACAACCAAUCAUCUCUAGAAACCAAACAUGGGGGUUCUGGUCCAAUUUCGCCUAUUGGGGUGUAAUGUCUUGGAGUGUCGGUACAUGGAUGAGUGCAUCAUCUGCUCUUUCCGUGGGCUUAAGUUACGGUGAAACCAUCGGUACAUUCAUCAUCGGCGAUGUCCUCACUAUAAUUUUCACUUUAGCUAACUCAUACCCAGGUUACGAUUGGAAAGUUGGUUUCACUUUGAGUCAAAGAUUCGUGUUCGGUAUUUAUGGAUCAGGAUUUGGAAUCCUCAUUAGAAUCCUUAUGAGUAUUGUAAAUUAUGCAUCAAAUGCUUGGUUAGGUGGGUUAUGCGUUAAUAUGAUCUUGGAUUCAUGGUCACAUCAUUAUUUACAUUUACCAAAUACUUUGACUCAAAAAGUGGCUAUGACUACUAAAGAAUUAAUUGGAUUCAUCAUUUUCCAUAUCAUUACCAUGUUUUGUUAUUUAAUGAAACCAUACCAGGCAAAUUAUCUAAUGAUAUCAUCAUGUGUUGCCACUUGUUUCGCUAUGAUGGGGAUGGUUAUCUAUUUAACGAAAGAGAAUGGUGGUGUGGGUGAUUUAUUCGUAUCCACAAAAUCAACAGCAAAGGGUUCAGAUAAAGCAUGGGCUUGGGUUUAUAUGGUUUCAUAUUGGUUCGGGUCCGUGAGUCCAGGUUCUACAAAUCAAUCUGAUUUUUCAAGAUUCGGUUCAUCUCAAACUGCAAUUUGGUUAGGCACUAUUAUGGCUUUAUUAAUCCCAACAACUUUAACACCCGUCUUUGGUGUCAUUGGUGCAUCUACAACUGAACAAUUGUAUGGUACUCAAUUAUGGCAACCAAUGGAUAUUUGUGAUUAUUGGUUAAGACAAAAUUAUCAUCCUGGUGCUCGUGCUGCUUCAUUCUUUUGCGGAUUAGCAUUCGUUUCUUCUCAAAUCUCUUAUACUAUUUCAAAUGCAGGUUUUGCAUCUGGUAUGGAUUUGGCUGGUGUAUUACCUAAAUAUAUUGACAUUAAAAGAGGUGCCAUUUUCACUGCUUUAGUAUCUGUCGCACUUCAACCAUGGAAUUUCUAUAAUUCUUCAUCUACGUUCUUAACCGUAAUGAGUUCAUUCGGUAUAGUAAUGACUCCAAUUAUCUCUGUUAUGAUUUGUGAUAAUUUAGUAAUUAGGAAAAGACAAUAUUCAGUAUCUCAAGCUUUCGUAAUACAUGGUGAAUAUUAUUUCAAUAAGGGGUUCAAUUGGAGAGCAUUCGUCGCAUGGGUAGUUGGUAUGACACCAGGUUUACCAGGUAUAGCAUGGCAAGUUAAUAAUAAUUAUUUCCAUAAUAAAGGUAUAGUGAACUUCUUUUAUGGGGAUUCCUUCUUCUCAUUUGCCAUAUCAUUCUUACUUUAUUGGUUCUUGUGUGUCGUUUUCCCAUUCCAAAUUAAUAUCUUGCAUGAUGAUAAAGACUACUGUGGUGCAUUCACUGAUGAGGUCGCUAGAUCCAAAGGUAUGGUUCCAUUUAGUGAAAUUACUGAAGAAGAAAUUGAAGCAUUUAAAUUGGGAUCAUUAGAUAUUACUUAUGUUACUAAAGACUCUGCUCAAAAUGACCAUCAUACGGAAACAAAAGAAAUUGCAAUCUCAAAGACAACUUCUGCUAAUACUGAUGAAUAUGAACUUGUAGCUGAUACAACAGAAAAUAGUGAACUGGAAAGUUCUGGCAUUCACGAAAGGGGACAAAAGUAG